GGUGAUUUCAGUUUCAAGGUCGACAUUCUAUUUUGUAUCGCUGUUUUUUAUUCCGGUUUUCAGUAUUAAUUCAGGCUGGAGAUGAACCUCUUAUUUUUCAUAUAAAUAACCUUCUAUAAUUCUUCGCGUGACAUUUCUGAGUGGCAAUGGCAACCGGAAAAGUUUGUGUCCGACGGAACAGACCUGGUACAAAAGCAGAGGAGUGGUGUAAUUGGCCUGAUGAAUCAUUUGAAGAUAUGGAAAGUACUCUUGCUGUCCAACAAUAUAUACAACAAACAAUAAGACGGGAUUUUAAUAAUGUCGAUGAGAUUUUAACUGCUCCAGAGGGUCAAGAUGAGCUUGUUUGGAAGUAUGAACACUUAAGACAGUUUUGUAUGGAACUAAAUGGCUUAGCUGUACGUUUGCAAGAGCAGUGUACACCGAAAACGUGUCCUCAAAUGACUGCGACAGAACAAUGGAUAUUUCUUUGUGCUGCGCAUAAAACACCUAAAGAGUGUCCAGCUGUCGAUUAUACUCGGCAUACACUUGACGGCGCUGCUUGCCUAUUGAACAACAGUAAAUACUUCCCCAGUCGGGUAAGCAUUAAAGUGACCUCAGUUAGUCGUCUUGAUUCUGUAUGUCGUCGGGUGUACAGAAUAUUUUCUCAUGCUUACUACCAUCAUCGAGAGAUAUUUGAUGCCUUUGAAGAAUCAACUGCAUUAUGUCGAAGAUUUACAACAUUUGUGUUAAAAUAUAAUCUUAUGAGCAAGGAUAAUCUGAUUGUACCUAUCGCUGGUGCUGCGGACGGUUCAGUGGUUGAAGCACAAAUUUAAUCCUCUUACUCUUCUUCUUUUUAUUACUAUUAUUAUCGUUAUUA